AUGCCUCCCAACUGGAUCAGCCACCUAGUACGCAACCACAGCAAGGUCCACAAUCAGAAUCAUCCCCAACAUCACCACACUCCGCCUCAACCGACAAACCCUCAGAGGCUGGAGCAACCCCCUGCUACUCAACAAGAUAGGCCACUCCAGAAUCCUAAGCAACAACCACCUUAUCGCACUAGUCAAGAUAAUCCCCAGCAGCAAAGGCAGAGUAGGGCUGGGCAGCAUCCUCGGAGCCCUAGACGCCAAACUGCCGAGGAACCAAACCCACCGAAUAGGGGACAACGUCCUUCUGCAGGCAGAAGGCAGGUUGAAUCAGGCUCUGCGGCCAAGGGUCCCCCACGACAUAAUAAUGCCCAGGGACCUACCGAUCAAUGUAGGCCUCCACCUGUCAGUCGGGACAUGCCAGCAAGGGGAGGGGGAAAUAGUGCGAACAAUAGGUCGCACCAUAAUCAGUCACAAUUUAGAGAUGGCCAUGACUAUAAUGAGGCGUAUUUGGGCAGAGGAAAUGUUGGUCUGCGACAAGAAGAGAUGGGUGGAGAACAGAACCCUCCACCAAGAGAGAAUUGA